UUAUAAAAGAAUCCCAAAGUGUGUUAACCACAGGAGGAGGAGUGACUGAGAGCAGAGAGGAGGAGCAGAGAUUCAGGGAGGAGCUGAGCUGUUACUGAACUAUAGAAGAGAGAAAAACCUCCACAUUCAACAGAGUUCAACACAAACUUUAUGUUCCUCAACAUGCUGUCAUUACAUCACUGUGUGUUUCCUCUGAUUCUUCUCACUCUCACAGGUGUCACAUGUGAAGACCUCAGUCCAGUCAAAGAUGAAGAGUCCAGUGUAGAAGGCAGCACAGUUACUCUGACCUACAAAUACACCACAGCUGCUACUUAUUUCUUCUGGUAUCGACAACAUCCAGGAAAAGCACCAGAGUUCCUGAUCUCACACUCACCUUCAGGAGCAGUAGGAGAAAAAAAAAUUCCUGGACUGAAGAUUCAAGUGGAGGGAAAAGAAAUCAAGAUGAGCAUCUCCUCUGCUGCAGUGACAGACUCUGCUGUGUACUACUGUGCUCUGCAGCCCACAGUGACAGGAAACACCAAAACUCUGUACAAAAACCUUUGGAGCAAAGACAACAGAAUACUCCACAACAGUUCAGAGGUGGAUGCAGGUCUAGAUUUCAUGUGUGAGAGCAGCGAGAGACUCCAGCAUCCUGACAGCCUGAUGGAUGAAGUCUCUCAGUCUGCUUUUUCUAGCCGGGAGGCUCUUCAGUCUCCUUCCUCAUCGCAGCAAACCAAAGAAGCUGUUGGACGGAUGGGUGGAGUCACCUGUGAUGCAAAGGGCUUUGCAGUCGUGGCCCCGAGGACCAAAAACCAGGAAAGAGGAGAGGACACAGAGGAAGUGCAACUGCUGCUGGGCUUGAUCAGGUGA